AGCAAACUUAGAUUCCUCACCGCAGCCAAGAACGGGAUUCCAGCAUCAUAAUGAGUGUGCUACUCGAAACUUCAGCUGGAGAUCUUGUAGUUGAUCUGCUUGUGGACCAAGCGCCGAAGGCCUGCGAAAACUUUCUCAAGCUCUGUAAAAUCAAAUACUACAAUUACUCACCGAUAUACUCUGUACAAAAGGAUUUCUCAUUCACGACUGGUGAUCCAAUCGGUCCUGGCUCCGCGGAUAGCGAUGGCGGCUCUUCGAUAUGGGGAUUGCUGGAUCCCGCGAACCCAACCAAGAAGACCUUCCCACCAGAGUUCCACCCAAAGCUGAAGCACAGCGAGAGAGGUACAAUCAGCUUCUCGACGGCACCAGAUCCCCAGAAUGAUGAUACGCGUGUAGCUGGGAGUCAGUUCAUAGUCACCUUAGGGGACAACCUGGAAUACCUUGACGGCAAGGCUGCAGUAUUUGGAAAUGUUAUCGAAGGCUUUGAUGCCUUGGAAAAUAUCAACGGCGCUUUCACGGAUGACUCUGGAAGGCCUUUGAAAGACAUCCGUAUUCUACAUACGCAUAUCAUUGACGACCCCUAUUUCGACCCGGCUGGCCUUCAGGAGCCCGAUCAAUCACCUAUUCCGAGUGCAGCGCAACUCGCGACAGUCCGUAUCGCUCACGACGAAAGACUUGAUCCAGAUGCGGACCAGGAAAAUAUCGAGAAGCUGCGCCGUGAGCGUGAGGCUCGCGCACAAGCGCUUACACUUGAGAUGAUGGGCGACCUGCCUUUCGCUGAAGUCAAACCCCCAGAAAACGUGCUAUUCGUUUGCAAACUCAACCCCGUGACACAGGAUGAAGAUCUAGAACUGAUAUUCAGUCGUUUCGGUAAAAUCCUGUCCUGCGAGGUUAUACGGGACAAGCGAACAGGUGACUCACUUCAAUACGCUUUCAUUGAAUUCGAAGAGAAGGAAGACUGCGAACGUGCAUAUCACAAGAUGGAUGGUACCCUGAUUGACGACCACCGGAUACACGUAGAUUUCUCACAGAGUGUCAGUCGACUUUCGGAUACGUGGCGUACGGCUACCAACGCCAAGAGGAAAAAGCAUGCGGGACCUGGCUUUGGAGGCUUGGAUGCUCUGGAGCAGAAAACGCAGUACAAAACACAUAUUACGCCCAAGCAGAGGGGCAGUGGCUACGGCAUUAUGGUCAAUCAGGGCAGACCAGGAAAUACGCAAGGAAGAAGUCCUGAGAGGAAUACGCGGAUGCCUUCGAGGAGCCGAAGUCCUCGGCGGCGAACAGUCGGUAGAGAAGAAGAUCGCGAAAGGCAUUCGAGCUUCAGGCAGAGGGACAGAAGUAGCGAGAGACGUUAUGAUGACCGAAGGCGGGAGCGUAGCAGACAUCGAGAUCGAGAUAGUCGUCGACGUGACCGUGACAGAGACUAUGACCGACGAAGGGACGAUCACCAACUGCGACAUUGAUCUGGGAUCGUUCUCGUAGCCUAGUGGAGUUGUGAUUCAUCUUGACCAUUUUACAGUAAUUACAAGCCUACGCCUGAUGUCUUCCCUGUCCCCCAAUCAGUCAUGAGAGGAGACUCCGAAGAUCUACAUACUAAUGACACGUCGGCAUUCUACCCUAAUUGUUUCCGCUUACAGCCUGUUUAAUGUCAUCGCUUUGCUCACGCCGACCCACUUACGGGGUUAUAUGCUCAUCGCGUGUGUACAACUUGACGCAGCCAUCCAUUUUACGUCUCCCGUGUUGUCUCUCCGUAGGGCUUGAAGCAAGUUGAGCCAACCAGUAUCAAAAAUACUCUGUCAGGCUAUAUAUACGUAAGAUGU